GUCCGGCUUGGCGAUGGACAGCCACCGCGUGGGCACAGCCACGGCCGGACGCCUGCCUGCCUCGGGCUUGCCGGGCCCGCUGCCGCCCGGGAAGUACAUGGCUGGCCUCAAUCUCCACCCGCACCCGGGCGAGGCCUUCCUGGGCAGCUUUGUGGCCAGCGGGAUGGGGCCCUCAGCCUCAUCCCAUGGGAGCCCGGUGCCCCUGCCCUCUGAGCUCUCCUUCCGCUCCCCCACCCCCAGCAACCUGCCCAUGGUGCAGCUGUGGGCCGCCCAUGCCCACGAAGGCUUCUCCCACCUGCCCAGUGGUCUGUACCCAUCCUACCUCCACCUGAACCACCUGGAGCCCCCCAGCAGUGGGAGCCCCCUCCUCAGUCAGCUGGGUCAGCCCAGCAUUUUUGAUUCCCAGAAAGCCUCCACCGGCACCCCUCGCGCCCAGGCCCGCCUCCCGCACCCCGGCGGCCCGGCCCCAGCCGCGGGCCGGCAGCUGAAGCGCGAUCCGGAGAGGCCUGACAGCACCAAGGCUUUUGGGCGAGAAGGCUCCGCCGCUCAGGGCGAGGCGGAGGUGCGACACCCGCCUGUGGGCAUCGCGGUAGCCGUGGCCCGGCAGAAGGACAGUGGCGGAAGUGGCCGGCUGGGGCCAGGGCUGGCCGACCAGGAGCGCUCCCUGUCCCUGAGCAACGUCAAAGGGCACAGCCGGGCCGACGAGGACUGUGGGGACGAGCGGGCCCGGCACCGGGAGGAGCGGCUCCUGGGGGCGAGGCUGGACCGGGACCAGGAGAAGCUGCUCAGAGAAAGUAAGGAGCUGGCCGACCUGGCCCGCCUGCACCCCACCAGCUGUGCUGCUAACGGCCUGAACCCCAACCUCAUGGUGACCGGGGGCCCAGCACUGGCUGGCUCAGGUCGCUGGUCCGCCGACCCCGCGGCUCACCUGGCCACUCACCCCUGGCUGCCCCGCUCAGGGAGCACGUCCAUGUGGCUCGCCGGACACCCGUACAGCUUGGGUCCCCCCUCUCUGCACCAGGGCAUGGCCCCGGCCUUCCCGCCUGGCCUUGGCGGCUCCCUGCCGUCAGCCUACCAGUUCGUCAGGGACCCGCAGUCAGGCCAGCUGGUGGUCAUUCCCAGUGACCACCUGCCUCACUUUGCGGAGCUGAUGGAGCGGGCCGCGGUGCCGCCCCUCUGGCCCGCCCUGUACCCGCCGGGCCGCAGCCCCCUGCACCACGCCCAGCAGCUCCAGCUCUUUUCCCAGCAGCACUUCCUGCGGCAGCAGGAGCUCCUGUACCUGCAGCAGCAGGCGGCCCAGGCCCUGGAGCUGCAGAGGAGCGCCCAGCUCGUGCAGGAGCGGCUGAAGGCCCAGGAGCACCGGGUGGAGAUGGAGGAGAAAGUGGGCAAGCGGAGCCUGGAGGCCGCGGGCAAGGCCAGCCUGGCCGCCUCGGGCCCGGGGCUGCUGCCUCGGAAGCCCCCCAGCCUGGCCGCCGGCCCCACAGGCACCUAUGGCAAGGCCAUGAGCCCACCACCGUCUCCCCGGGCCUCCCCUGUGGCUGCCCUGAAGGCCAAGGUCAUCCAGAAGCUAGAGGACGUGUCCAAGCCACCACCCACCUAUGCCUACCCCGCCACGCCCAGCUCCCACCCCACCAGCCCGCCGCCCGCCUCCCCGCCACCCACACCUGGUAUCACUCGCAAGGAGGAGGCACCCGAGAAUGUCGUCGAAAAGAAGGACUUGGAGCUGGAGAAGGAAGCCCCCAGCCCCUUCCAGGCCUUGUUCUCAGAUAUCCCGCCCAGGUACCCGUUUCAAGCCCUGCCGCCACACUACGGGAGGCCCUACCCGUUCCUGCUGCAGCCUACGGCAGCCACCGACGCCGACGGCCUGGCUCCCGACGUGCCGCUCCCGGCGGAUGGGCCUGAGCGCCUGGCGCUCUCGCCCGAAGACAAGCCCAUCCGUUUGUCACCCUCCAAGAUCCCAGAGCCGCUGCGGGAAGGCCCGGAUGGAGAGGCCCUGGCCGAGCGAGAGGUGAAGGCGGAGGUGGAGGACAUGGACGAAGGCCGCGAGGAGCUGCCCUCCCUGGAGUCACCACUGGCCCUGCGCCCUGAGGAAGCCAUGGCGGCCCCCAGCCCUGGGGGCGGGCUGCUGGAGGCCCAGGCGCUGGGCGCUGGUGGACAGGGGGCCGUGGAGCCCUCCGGGUGCCCGGACUUUGCUGAGGGGGCCGAAACACGGGUCGAAUCUCCAGGCCGGACAGUAUCCCACACAGCCGCCCCAGACCUGGGGACGCGGCUGACCCCCGAGACACUGGUCGAGGCUAAGGAGGAGCCCGUGGAGGUGCCCGUGGACGUGCCCGUGGGCGUGGGCAUGCCCGUGGCAGAGGUGGGGCCGGAGGAAGGCCUGGCCCAGGCAGCCCCAAGCGAGCCCCGGCCCACCCUGGAGUCGGCGGACUGUGACGCACCCACCGGGGAGGGAGAGCGCCUGAGUCUGGGGGCCCGGGAGGCCGCCCCUGUGCCCGGCAGUGCCUGCUUCCUGGAAGAGGAGGGCUCUGACCAGUUCCUGCCCGGCCUGGAGGACCCGCUGGCCGGCAUGAACGCCCUGGCAGCAGCCGCAGAGCUGCCCCAGGCCAGGCCUCUGCCCUCCCCGGGCGCCGGCUCCCAGGCCCGGGAGAAGCUGGAGGCCGCACAGAGCCUGGUCCUGGAGCAGAGCUUCCUGCACGGCAUCACCCUGCUGAGCGAGAUCGCGGAGCUGGAGCUGGAGCGGAGGAGCCAGGAGGUGGGAGGUGUGGAGCGUCUGGCAGUGCGGCCCUCGCUGGAGAGCCUGCUGGCGGCCAGCAGCCACAUGCUGAAGGAGGUGCUGGACAGCCCCUUCGUGGACCCGCUCAAGAACCUGCGGCUUCCGCGCGAGCUGAACCCCAACAAGAAGUACAGCUGGAUGCAGAAGAAGGAGGAGCGGAUGUACGCCAUGAAGUCCUCCUUGGAGAACAUGGACGCCGUGGAGCUGGACUUCCGGAUGCGGCUGGCAGAGGUCCAGCGGCAGUACAAGGAGAAGCAGCGGGAGCUGCUGAAGCUGCAGAGGCGCCGCGAGUCCGAGGACAGGCGCGAGGAACCCCAUAGAAGCUUGACACGCAGAGGCCCUGGCAGGCCGAGGAAACGGACCCACGCCCUGAGCGCCCUGUCGCCCCCCCGCAAGAGAGGGAAGAGCCGCAACAGUAGCGGAAAGCUGAGCGGCAAGCCCCUGCUGACAUCCGAUGCCUACGAGCUGGGCGCAGGGAUGAGGAAGAGACACAGGGGGUCCGAGGAGGAACACGAUGCCCUCAUUGGAACAGGGAAAGCCAGGGGGAGGAACCAGCCUUGGGACGAGCAGGAAGGCUCGUCGGACUUCAUGAGUCAGCUCAAGAUUAAGAAAAAGAAGAUGGCCAGCGACCAGGAGCAGCUGGCAAGUAAGCUGGACAAGGCCCUCUCCCUCACAAAGCAGGACAAGUUGAAGUCACCCUUCAAGUUCUCGGACAAUUCUGGGGGGAAAUCGAAAACGAGCGGGGGCUGUGGCAGGUACUUGACGCCUUAUGACAGCCUGCUGGGCAAGGACCGAAAGGCACUGGCCAAAGGCCUCAGCCUGUCUCUGAAAGCCUCCCGAGAAGGUAAACACAAAAGGGCCGCCAAAGCCAGGAAGAUGGACGUGGGCUUCAAGGCCAGAGGCCAGCCCAAGUCGGCCCACUCCCCGUUCGCCUCAGAAGUGAGCAGCUACUCCUACAAUACGGACUCGGAGGAGGACUUCCUGAAGGACGAGUGGUCCGCCCAAGGCCCCUCCGGCUCCAGACUGGCGUCUCCCGUCCUGUGUGGCAUGGUGGCAAAGAGCAGCAAGCCGGCCGGGGGCCCCAAGCUGACCAAGAGGGGUCUGGCGGCUGCCCGGACUCUGAAACCCAAGCCGGCCGCCGGCGGGAAGCAGCCAUUUUGUUUGCUGCUUCAAGAGGUCGAGGCGCGUUCCUCCUUCAGCGACUCUUCGGACGACUCGUUUGACCAAGAUGAGACCUCCGAGGAGGACGAGGACGACGAGCUGGAGGAGGAGCAGGGCGAGGCCGACGGCGGCUAUAGGCUGGGGUCCCGGGAGCGGGCCCUGUCGCCAGGCCUGGAGGAGAGUGGGCUGGGCCUGCUGGCCCGCUUUGCAGCCAGUGCCCUCCCCAGCCCCACCGUGGGGCCGUCCCUGUCGGUGGUGCAGCUGGAGGCCAAGCAGAAGGCCCGGAAGAAGGAGGAACGGCAGAGCCUGAUGGGCACGGAGUUCGACUACACCGACUCGGAGGGUGAGGUCAAGGUGCGGAAGCGGUCGCCUGCCGGGCUGCUGCGGCCCAAGAAAGGACUGGGGGAGCCAGGCCCCUCCCUGGCUGCUCCCAUGCCCGGCCCCCGGGGCCCCGGCCCUGCCAGCCCCGACAAGGCCAAGCUGGCGGCAGAGAAGGGGCGCAAGGCCCGCAAGCUGCGGGGCCCCAAGGAGGCGGGCUUCGAGGCGGGGCCGGAGGCCAGCGACGACGACCUGUGGGCACGGAGGCGCAGCGAGCGCAUCUUCCUGCACGACGCCUCGGCCGCAGCCCCCGCUCCCAGCAGCGCCGCGCCCGCCGUCACCAAGCCCAGCCGCUGCGGCAAGGGUGGCCCUCUGAGCCCGCGCAAGGACGCCGGCCGUGCCAAGGACAGGAAGGACCCCAGGAAGAAGAAGAAGGGGAAGGAGGGGGCGUCGGGGGCGCCGCCUCCACCCCGCGCGCCCACCCUGCCCCCUGAGGCCCGGGCCCCUCACGCCGGCUCCCCGGCCUCCGCCAAGAGGAGCAAGGCCAAGGCCAGAGGGAAGGAGGUGAAGAAGGAGAACCGGGGCAAAGGGGGCGCAGUGAGCAAGCUGAUGGAGAGCAUGGCCGCCGAGGAGGACUUCGAGCCCAACCAGGAUUCCAGCUUCUCCGAGGACGAGCACCUGCCGCGGGGCGGGGCUGCGGAGCGACCGCUCACUCCCGCCCCUCGCUCCUGCAUCAUCGACAAGGACGAGCUCAAAGACGGGCUGCGCGUGCUCAUCCCCCUGGAUGACAAGCUGCUGUACGCCGGGCACGUGCAGACGGUGCACUCGCCCGACAUAUACCGAGUGGUGGUGGAGGGCGAGCGUGGGAACCGGCCCCACAUCUACUGCCUGGAACAGCUGCUGCAGGAGGCGAUCAUCGACGUGAGGCCGGCCUCCACGCGCUUCUUACCGCAAGGGACCAGGAUCGCGGCCUACUGGAGUCAGCAGUACCGGUGCCUCUACCCGGGCACCGUGGUCCGAGGCUUGCUGGGCCUCGAGGAUGACGGGGAUCUCAUCACCGUGGAGUUCGACGAUGGGGACACAGGGAGGAUCCCCCUCUCUCACAUCCGCCUCCUGCCUCCCGACUACAAGAUUCAGUGUGCCGAGCCGUCCCCGGCCCUCCUGGUGCCAAGCGCCAAGCGUCGUAGCCGGAAAACCAGCAAAGACACUGGGGACAGCAAAGAUGGGGGCGCGCCGGGGUCCGAGGAGCCCGGUGCCAAGGCUCGGGGGCGAGGGCGGAAACCCAGCACCAAAGCCAAGGGCGACAGAGCUGCCGUCCUGGAGGAGGGGGCCUCAACGGACGAGGUCGCCAGUGCCCCGUUGGCCCUGGAGCCGAUCAGCACCCCAGCUGCUAAGAAGAGCUCCCCAGAACCCGUGGACAAGCGGGCCAAAGCCCCCAAGCCUCGCCCAGUGCCCCCACAGCCCAGCCCAGCGCCAUCCGCCUUCGCCUCCUGCCCAGCUCCUGAGCCCUUUGGGGAGCUGCCGGCCCCGGCCCCGGCCCCCGCACCCCUCGUCACCAUGCCCAUCACCAUGCCUGCCACCCGUCCCAAGCCCAAGAAAGCCCGGGCUGCCGAGGAGCCGGCCGGCAAGGGUGCGCGAAGGCCCGGGGAGCAGGCCGAGCUGCUCGUCAAGCUGGACCACGAGGGUGUCACAUCUCCCAAAAGCAAGAAGGCCAAAGAGGCCCUGCUGCUGCGGGAGGACCCGGGGGCCGGGGGCUGGCCGGAGCCCCAGAACCUCCUGAGCCUGGGCGGCUAUGCCCCAGCGGCGGGGGGCAGCGAGCCCAAGGCCGCUCGGCCCAAGGCCGGAGACGGUGAGCUGGCCCAGGAGUCUGGGGAUGGGCUCGCGUUCGAGGACUCGGGCCACCCCAAGAGCCCGGACAAGGGCCAGAGCGAGCAGGACGGGGCCGAGGAGUCGGAGAGCGGCAGCAGCAGCGGCAGCGGCAGCGGCAGUGACAGUGGCAGCAGCAGCAGCAGCAGCAGCAGCAGCAGCUCCUCAGAGACCGAGGGCGAGGAGGAGGGCGGGGCCGGCGGGGGCGGGGGCAGGAGCCACACCGCCGCCAGCUCCAGGGCAUGCUCCUCCUCCUCCUCCUCCUCCUCCUCUCCUCUGCCGCCCACGGCGCAGGCCGGGGCGGGGGCCAAGAGCCGGCCCAAGAAGAGAGAGGGCGUCCACCUCCCCACCACCAAGGAGCUGGCCAAGCGGCAGCGCCUGCCGUCCGUGGAGAACCGGCCCAAGAUCGCCGCCUUCCUGCCGGCCCGGCAGCUGUGGAAGUGGUUCGGCAAGCCCACCCAGCGCCGCGGCAUGAAGGGCAAGGCCCGCAAGCUCUUCUACAAGGCCAUCGUGCGCGGCAAGGAGGUGGUGCGCAUCGGGGACUGCGCCGUGUUCCUGUCGGCCGGCCGCCCCAACCUGCCCUACAUCGGCCGCAUCCAGAGCAUGUGGGAGUCCUGGGGCAGCAACAUGGUGGUCCGCGUCAAGUGGUUCUACCACCCCGAGGAGACCAGCCCGGGCAAGCGCCUCCACGAGGGCCAGCACUGGGACCAGAAGUCCGGCCGCAGCCUCCCCGCAGCCCUGCGGGCCUCCAGCCAGAGGAAAGACUUCAUGGAGCGCGCCCUGUACCAGUCCUCCCACGUGGACGAGAAUGACGUGCAGACGGUGUCGCACAAGUGCCUGGUGGUGGGCCUGGAGCAGUACGAGCAGAUGCUCAAGACCAAGAAGCACCAGGACAGCGAGGGCCUGUACUACCUCGCCGGCACCUACGAGCCCACCACGGGCAUGAUCUUCUCCACCGACGGCGUGCCCGUGCUCUGCUGAGCGGGGGCCUCUGCGGCACCCCUGGCUCGGGGCCACGUGCGUUGGUGUGUGCAUGCGAGUGUGCCUGUGGACGCCCUGGUGCGUGUGUGUACGUGUGUGUGCCCGUAUGCAUGCACGUGUGUGCACACAUGCACACACGUCUCCAGCUCCCCUCUCUGAAUCCCUCGGUGCCUCCCAGGAAGGGGGCUCCUCUCAGCUAUCAGGGUAUGGCCCUGCCCAGCCCCUCAGGCCUCCCCUCCAGCACCUUGUAAGCACUUGGGCAGGCCGGGCCCCAGCACCCUGGCGUCCCCCCACUGACACGGACUGAGGGGGGUUCCGAGGAGCCAAACUGACACUCUGGGGUUCCUGCUGCUUGCGGGUCCUCCGGGACUCCCAGCGCCAGGCCCCCCUCAGCAUGGAGCCACCCCUGAGCCUCCGGCUGUAGGACGGGGCGGCCCGACGCCCACCAGCCUCACUGGCCAGGCCUCUUCGGGGCACCUGCCAGGGGCCCAGCCGUGGGCCUCAGGAUCUGGACUCUGGGGACAGAGCCAGGUGGGGGGCCCGGUGGCAUUGGGUGGAGGGGCUGCGUGCCCUGAGGCCCCAGCCAGGCCCCCAUCUGGUCCAGACCCUCACACUACAGACAACCCGAAUGGUGCUGAAACCCUCGACCUGGCCACACCCGGAGGGAGGCGGCAGUUCUUAACCUGUACAGUUUUAUUGUACCGAGACUUCUCCCUGUAUCAUACGCCUUUAAACGGAGUCCACUUUUUAAUUAUAUAUAUAAAGAUAAAUAUAUAUAAAUAUAUAUAAAUAUAAACUUUUUAAAACUGUGAAAAAAUAGCUAUGAAAUUAUAAAAAAAAAAGCGAACACAUUCUGACGUGCAGAAUAUUAUUUUUUAUUUCUUGUUAGAUUGUGAGUGUCUAGCACCCAGCUUCACGGGCCCCCUUGUCCCAAGCACACCCAGCCCCCCCGCCGCCCGGCCCAGGUGUACUGUACUCGCCCCCAGAGGGAGAAGGAGUUAGGGAGAGCAGAGGCUGAGAGGAGGUACCCCGCCCCAGUGCUGCGGGGGCCACGCUCACGAAAGCACUUACCAGCCCCACGCCCUCCAGGCGGACGGGAGGCCUCGUCCAGACAAUCUUAAGGGAAGGAAAAGCCAGACUUUGGUUUUGUUUUUUGGGGGAAUUAUUGUUUUCCUUUUUUUUUAAGUUUCUUUUGGAAUUUUGUUUGUUGGCGAAUUCUGUGUGAUCUUUUUCAUAAAAAGAAAAGAAAAAGUUAUAAUUGGAAAGUA